AUGGAAGGGACCUGCGGCAACGCGACUGGAACGAGCGCGGCGGGAGUGAUCACGGACGGGCCGGGCGACUACUCGGCGUCCGAGCGAUGCUUUUGGAAGAUCACCACCAGCGCAGAUGUUGAGCUCAAGUUCCAGUCCUUCGAGACUGAGCCAGUCCUGGACAAGCUGCAGGUCUGGUCCUGCGAGUUCUGGUCAGAGGAGAUGCCAUGCACAAACUGCGACAAGGUGCUGGCGUCGUUCGACGGCUCCCUUGGAAGCUUCAACUUCACCGCCAGCAAUGCAGGAGGAGGGAGACGUUGCGUUACUGUCGCCUUCUACACUGACCCGAUGACUCAGCUGUUAGGGUUCUACGGGGACUGGAGCUUGAAGUGUCCUCCCCCGCAGUAG